GGUCAAUAUAAUGCAGAAUCUGUAAUAGAAAUAACGUUACAGGGAAAUAAGCGAGCACGGGGCAGUUCAAUCAGCCGUGUAGCCAACCUUUAAUGAUACAUUGUAUUUAAACUAGCUGAUACAGUUGUUGCAAAUAAUCUAUGGUGUUCUAGUAUCGAUAGGACAAUCGUCAACACGAGUAUGGCAACCCCUCUACCUCCUUGCGUGAUAGAUUGUGGGACUGGGUGAGUUCGUUUACUCGAAACAGCUGCGCUUGCUCUGAAGAUACAGUAUGUGAUCUGCCUUGAAAAGGGCAUUUACUAACGUUAGGCUAUGUUGUGCCACCAAUCAAGACAACCUUUGCCACCCAAGUGGAAAGCACCUGCCUGCACAUUUUACUUCAGAAUAAGAUUAAAUAAUAUAUUAUAAUGUAUAAUAUAUAAUAAUAAAUACUUUGUAAUGUUAGGUCUAUAGCUAAGAUGUUAAUGUAAAUACAGUGCCAUUGGCCACUGCUGUAGGGUCCUCUAAAACGUACACUAUUUUAGCCCUAGAGGAGCCUACUGUUAACUUUUCUGAAUCCGAAGGCCUGUAAACUCACAGGUGUGAUUAACUUGAUGAAUAACUCAGCCUGUGGGCAGUACAUUAGUAGAGGUCUCUAUUAAUUAAACAGCUGCAUGUUUUGGAUAACAAUAUACAUUUGAGAGGAGAUUACUUUUUCCUCCAUGAUGAAUUAGUAUGGUUAAACAGGAAGUUUUAUUUAAUCAGAAAGGCUGGGGUCGAGACAGAACCUGAUGCUGUGAAUUUAUUAUAGGGAACUUAUUGCUAAAAGUUUUGGUUGUUUCUGAAAGGUUAAUUGCAAAUUGAUCAGUAGAGAAAAUAUUGACAAAUGCAUUCUGCUUCGUCCAUGGUACAGAAAAUAAAUAAAUGAUUCAGUUGUAUAUUUGCACAAUGGUUAGGGGAAAACAUUGUAAUCUUUGCUGUGUUAUGAUGACUUUGUGCUGUUUUUCUUUGAAUGCAGAUACACCAAGAUUGGAUAUGCUGGAAACACAGAGCCACAGUUUAUCAUGCCGUCCUGUAAGUAUACUGUAUAGCUUAUGUUGCAACAGUGUCAAACACUAUUGACUUCUAACUUGAAGAUGGCUUUAUUUACAUCAGUUUUGGAGUUGAAGGUUUUUUGUUUUUGGAUUUGAAUCAAGCUCCGCCUCGGGAAAGCACUAAUUAAAGGCAGUGUAGCCUCCCAUCUCAUCACACGGCUGUGUAACCUUGAGCAAGGUACUGCACUCCAGCUGCCAUUUCACUCAUUACCAUCAAUUCAUUUCUCAAGGGAACGGACAACAAAUGAGUUUCAGACUGUUUUGAUCUGUUCUUUGUAGACCACAGAGGUCUAAAAUAUGCUUGAUGGCUGUGUGAACAUAUGGGCCUUGGUACGUCAUCUGUCCAUGUAUAUCGACUUGAUGGACGGGAGGUCUAGAGAGGAAUGUAACACCUGUUUGUUACCCUUAUGUGUUUCCAUUUCAGGCAUCGCUAUACGGGAGUCAGCCGGUGUAGGAGACCAGGCACAGAGGCGACUUGUGAAGGGAGUGGAUGACUUGGAUUUCUUCAUAGGAGAUGAAGGCAUUGAUAAGCCCAACUAUGCAACCAAGGUGAUUGGUCCUACUCAUAGGAUCUGUCCCACUGGGCACAGACGUCAGUUCAACAUCUAGUUCAACGUGAAUUAAACGUAAAAUCAACAAAACAUUUCACCAUGUCAUUGGAUUUAGGUUAAAAGUUGGGUGAAAAAAAUACAUAAUGCCCUUACGUUUAUUACUUUUUGCUAAUCCAAUCAGUUUUCCACGUUGAUUCAACGUCAUUACAUGGUUGAAAUGACGUGGAAACAACAUUAAUUCUACCAGUUUUCGCCCACUGGGAUGGUUUUGAGUUGUAACCAUGUGGCUUUUUGUCUCCAAAGUGGCCCAUCAGACAUGGGAUGGUGGAAGACUGGGAUUUGAUGGAAAAGUUCAUGGAGCAGAUCAUAUUCAAGUAUCUACGGGCAGAGCCUGAAGACCAUAGCUUCCUUAUGGUGAGAGACAGUUUAUUGUAAAGGUAUUAUAUACCCCAUUAUAAACUGGUUGGUUCGAGCCCUGAAUGCUGAUUGGCUGACCGCCGUGGUAUAUCAGACCAUAUACCAUGGGUAUGACAAAACAUAUGUUUACUGCUCUAAUUACGUUGGUAACCAGUUUAUAAUAGCAAUAAGGCACCUUGGGGGUUUGUGGUAUAUGGCCAAUAUACCACAGCUAAGGGAUGUAUCCAGGCACUCUACGUUGCGUCGUGCCUAAGAACAGUCCUUAGCCGUGGUAUAAUGGCCAUAUACCACACUCCCUCUGGCUUUUUUGCUUAACUAUACACCAUAACACGUAUUUUGUUUGUCGUAACAUAUGGGAGUGAAAUAGACAUUUGUAUUUAUUUUUCUAUUUUUGAUAUUGGUAUUUCAGUAUUUAUAAAUACCGAUGAAUACACCCAUUUCCCCUUCUGAAUUUAGUCUAUGUUUUUCUAAAUGAAAACGUUUACAGUCAAUAGCUGCAUGGUUUUUGUAAUACCUAAUUGUAAUUUUAUAGCUUUGCUGUUAUUGCUCUUAGAUUGCGUCAGUUGGACUGUACAGUGUUUUUUAUCUUUGUGUCCCCAGACAGAGCCUCCGUUGAACACGCCAGAGAACAGAGAGUAUCUGGCUGAGAUCAUGUUUGAGACCUUUAAUGUCCCAGGCCUGUACAUCGCAGUGCAGGUACAACAGAAAUAAUGUUGCAUUCACACUAUUGAUCUGAGGUGGUUUUCACCUGUUCUUGUUGUGUUUCUCUUUUCACUAUCAGUAGUGUUAAUGAGGUGUAAUACCCCAAUGACCCCAUUCAUGUAUGGUUAGAUAACAGUAGUAGUAUAUAGUAUAAGUAUUUAGCGUGUCUUAUUAUUAUAACAAUGUAUUUGAUAUGAGCAUCCAUCCAUGCCAUGUAAGCCUAGAUAGCAAUAUAUGUUUAAACACUUGAUAGAUCAGUAGAUGCAUAAAGAUGUUGAUGAAAGUGAGGUCCAAUUAGGGCUGUUGUGGUGACCAUAUUACUGCCACACUGGCAGUCAUGAGUCAUAACAGCAGACAAAUUCCACAUGACCACUGAGUCACGGUAAUCUCCUUUUAUACACUCUGGAUAUAGACGUUGGUAAUAGAGGUCUUCACGGGUCAAAAACGUUGGACCCGUUCCAAAAUGGACCUGGGGCUUUGCCACCCAGAACAGAUAUGCAUAAAUAAAUAAAUAAAUAAAAUAUAAUAAUAUAGAGACCCGUUCUGAACGGACCCGAGGACAACUAGACCUGGUCCGGUCUGAUCCGAGUGAGGGAAGCAGCAGAAAAGUCAUGUUUUAAGCUACUUUCUUAACUGGAGCUGAUAAAGUGUGAGAGGGAGAGAGAGGUGCCGCUCUAGCAGGCGGGAUAGGGGCCCUACAGUGAGCGAAUUACAUUCAGAGCAGGGAGAGAGGAGCGACAGCAACCAAUCAAUCCGACUCCCGCUAUAGUAGACUACUGGCUGCCAUAGCUAGGUUAUUUAUCAUCAGAUAUGAUUACAUAGUACCUGUCUUGACUUCAUCAAACUGGGAGAAGCUAGUUAAGCUGGCUAACAUUAGCUAGCUAGGCUAAUUGAGGCUGCAGCUGUGCAUCAGCUUUCUCAUCCUACACAAAAUAACAACAACUCCAUUCAGAAUACUAAGUACUCUCUCUACUGCAGCAGUCACGUUCGGAUCUGUACGGGUCCUUCUGGACAAGUCAGUUAAAAUUACACAUACCCGAGACCCAUGACAAUCAUAUCAGAUCCGAUCCAGACCCGUGACAUUAUUUAGAAUUCUGGAUCCGGAAUCCGGAUCCGGACUCGGGUAUUCGGGUACAGGUGGAUCCGUGAAGACCUCUAGUUGGUAGUACCCAACUUGCUAACGACCAUCAGGUCGCUAAUGACCUGGUACUCAGUGCUCUAUUGUACCUCUUACCACUCUGACAUCAAUGCAAAUGCAAUCGAAAAUCACAUCAAACAGUUAUCAUCUAAAACCGUAUCAUGCUUUUAAAACUCACCGUUAGGCUACAUUUUUUGACCUCACUGUGAUGAACAAUUUGAAGAAAGAAGUUCAACAACAGGUUGAAACUGAGUGGAAAACAUGGUCGUUGUGGAUGUUGUUUCAAAGCCUAACAGAACGAAAUGGACAGCUCUUUAUAAGGUGAUGAUUAAUUCAAAGCAUUUAAGACAUUGCAUGUAGAACACCCAUACACAUAUUCGAGUUUAUGCAUACGCAUAGGCCUAUACAGUACAUGAGCCAAAGGCCGAAAAAUAAACCUGAAUUAAAAUAAUGAUUGUGGCAUUAUACAACACAUAGCCGAAUAGCCUACUGCAUAUUAUGCAAGAUGGAAAAACAUUUAAAAAAAAAAACAUAUAUAGAUUGAAGAUGUUUUUGGUACAUAAUUGGUCUCGCCUAUACUUCAAAAUUAAACAGAUUCUAGUAAUCACCUUUGAGUGUGGACUGUAUUAUUAUGCAUACUGGAUGGACUGGUUACCUUAUGCUACGCUCCAAACUUUCUAUCCAUGAGUCUGGGAGAGAACGUAUAGGCCUAGGCGAUGCUGUUGGUUCAUUGAUUGUGCAGGGCGGCUUACAGUUAGCCUACAAUUAUAGUGAAUUUGUCCAUCUCCUCUCCUUCAUUCCUUUUUCGAGCACGCAGAGAUGGGGGCUGUCAACUGUUUAAGUUAAUUAAAUGCGUUUCGUUGUGUUUUCGUUACUAUCGCUAUUCCCGAACAGAUUUCACUUGGUUUCCCAAAUUAAGCACUGGGUAGAUGCAGGAACAUGGUUGGAGAGCCUGUAGCAUACAGAGUUUGGGCGGAAUAUCACCUCUCGUGCGGUGAGGUUGCAUGCUCCUCAAACAGUGGUUGAUGCAUGAAGUGAAAUAAGUGUUUUUAUAAGCCCAGACAUUUCUAAAUGCAAUCCCGUGUGAAACCAGAGUUUUUGAUGGUUGCCACUAAAAAGAGGAGGAUCCCUGCUGCUACUAUAUUUAGGCCUAUUUCUCAGCUGCUCCGCAUUAAAACCGGAGUAGCCUCGGCAUGAUUUAAACUGGGAAAGCAGCCUCCAUUCGCUAUUCGAGUGAAUACCGAUGACGUCUUUUUUCCCCUGCCCCCUGUUCCUACAACACGAGGUUGGUGGCACCUUAAUUGGACAGGACGGGCUCGUGGUAAUGGCUGGAGCGGAAUUAGUGAAAAGGUAUCAUAUACAUCAAACACAUCGUUCCAGGUGUUUGAUGCCAUUCCAUUUGCGCAGUUUCCGUACGUUAAUAUGAGCCGUCCUCCCCUCGGCAGCCACCUGUUGUUCCUACCAUUUGAUAUUGGGACAUUCUAAAUAAUUUUUUUUAUUUUUUAUAUAUUAGUAAAGACAAGAUUACAUUGAGAAUAGUCUGAUGGUUGAAAAUAUGCCCACUUGAUGAGAGAACAGGGUGUGCAGCCUGAGGCAAGGAACAGAGCAUAAGCUUUUUUUUGCGACUUUUUAUCGCCUAUAGUCGCAUCAUGCAGCCCAAAUAUGUUUUGAUUUCUAAGACAUUCUAAGGUUUGUAUCAUUCACAACUAAAUUAGCCAAAUAAUUCAAAAUCUAGGCUACCAUAUAGGACCUGUUUCAAAUGAAAUAUAAAGUAUCCUUUCAAUUUUAUUCAGCCAAGUUCAAUUAUAUUCUUCUUACUAUAAAAUCAUAUUAUAUAAAAUAAUGGCACGGGACUUAUAAGAAUAUCUUGUUUGCUAAAUGAACUAGACUACAGCCUAUGGCAUGGCGCAUAGCCAGAUAACAUACAGUAGGCCAACUCAUAUUCUGUUCUCUGAAAUACAUUUUCUUCAAAUCAUAAUGUUUCUUUAGACCUGCCUAAAAUAAAUAAUGGAUUUAUUGUGGUGGUGUAUAUUAAAUGGAUUUAUUAGACUUUUUUCAAUGUAGAUGUUCCAAAGGCGUGCAUCAGCGGCUUGUAUGCGUGGAGGCCUGGAGAUUCUAAAGAUGUUUAUGUUAAUUGCGGGUCAAUUACGGUGAGACAGGCAAAUAUUUGCAUGACAAUAACCGGCUGACAAAAUUUCAUGACCGCCACAGCCCUAAAUCCAAUCACAUUGAAAUAUGUCUCUCAAUGAUUGUACUGGUUCAUUUCAGGCAGUUCUGGCCCUGGCAGCAUCAUGGACGUCUAGACAAGUAGGCGAGCGAACACUGACAGGAAUCGUGAUUGACAGCGGAGAUGGAGUCACCCAUGCCAUACCUGUGGUAACAAAAGCAUAUCCAUAGUUUUUUUUGUUAAAAGACACUAUGACAUAAUAGGUCGCAGGCCUAAUAGGUCAUAGAGGCUUAUAAUCACACUUGUCAUGAAAGCUUAAUGUUGUCUUAUGUCACGUUAAACUUAAUGAAACUGUCCAUCAACAUUGGGGGUUGCCAUAAUCUUCAAUGACAGAAGUGUUAUGCCAACCUUAUGAAGGCAUUAUAACCCCUCAAUAUGUGUUGUCAUUCCUCAAGAAAAGCUAGGCCAUCUUGGUUGCUUAGCUUUUAUUGUGGGAACAAAACAGAAAUGCCUUUCUUGUGAGUGGAAGGAACUAGCAAGCCCAACUUAACUCCUUCAUUGACCUGUUUUGAUUGUAUGUCUGUCCAAAUUCAAAGGAAUGUCAAUAUACAGCAUGAUCCAGGACAUCGUGGGUUAAUGGGAGGAUCCAAUGAGGAAAGGCAUGUAAGGGGAAGUUUUAUAACCAUCCCAUCCCUUCCCUGAUAGAAACAGCCCUGUAACAUGGGUAGAACCUGGCCCCACCCCAGGACAUGCUUCAACUUAAAACUUGGUUAACCCCCUGUGCCCUGUGUGCAUUAGGCUGCCUUUGUACAGGCAGCCCAAUUCUGAGGGGCAAUUUUUUUCACUAAUUGGUCUUUUGACCAAUCAGAUCAGCUCUAAAAAAAGAGCUGAUGUGAAAGGAUCUGAUGUUAUUGGUCAAAAGACCAAUUAGUGGGAAAAAAAGAUCUGAAUUGGGUUUCCUGUGUAAAUUCAGCCUAAGACUCCCAUGCUGUUUCUCAACAGUCCAAAGUGGCUUUUCCCUCCUCCAGGUGAAGGAAAUUCCCCUGGGGGCCUUCGGAAUAUUGCUUUUAGCUAUCCUGUCUUUUUAAAUAAGGCUUGCUAUCCUGUCUUUUUAAAUAAGGGUUGCUAUCCUGUCUUUUUAAAUAAGGGUUGCUAUCCUGUCUUUUUAAAUAAGGGUUGCUAUCCUGUCUUUUUAAAUAAGGGUUGCUAUCCUGUCUUUUUAAAUCAGGGUUGCUGGCAGAGAGGAAACAAGGAGAAGUAGCCAAUUUAGCUUAUUGAGUAUAUAUGACUCCCUCUCUGUAAAAGCGAUGUGGCAUGAAGUUCUAUGUCUGUUGUUUAUGAUGAGUAAAAUGCUGUGUCAAAUUUGAUGAUUGCUGGGAUCCUGUAUGUGGAGUUUUUCUUUAUGGCUAUAGAUUAUAUAUAAUAUAAAAUCGAAUUGGAUACCAUAAAAUAGAAUACCAUAGAGUGAAAAACAAGUGCUGUACCCAUAUUGAGAUAUAUUGGAACUUAUUAACGUAAAAGUCCCAGCACAUAUCACAAUUUCCUAUGUUCAUAGACUUCUUCAGACGCCUUCUUCACUGUCAGCUGGUUUCUAAAUGCCCACACCCCAUUUGUUUCCAUAGACUUCCAUAGACUUUGGUUAAUAGAAAAGUCACUGGUAUACCUGCUAUUACUAAAGAUGCACUAUGCAGAAAUCGCUCCACCAUUUACUGGUUGCUAAAAUCUUUGUAGUUCGCCUAAUUUCAGUUUAUGUGACAAACAAGCAAGUAUAGUGUAGAGAAUCAUUGUACCAUCUAAACCGCUGGGAAAUAUAUUUUCCAUAACCAAAAAUAUUGUAUUUUCAGCUGUUUGAAGCUGGUGUACAAUGACAGAUUUAUAACUGACAUAUUUGGUCAGGCCGCACAGACAUUUACGUAUUGCAGCUUUAAGUGUUUAAUGUUGUGCAAAUUCAUAGUUAUGCUGCAGGUAUAGAGUAGCUCUUUGAGACAUGAUCAGGAUCAUAUUAUGUUAACCUAUUGUUGACUUGAUAUUUAGGAUUCUUGACUUUAGCUGUUUGAGUCAUUGCAACUUGUGUGUCCUGUGCUAGGCCGAAGGCUACGUCAUUGGGAGCUGUAUAAAGCACAUCCCCAUAGCAGGUCGAGACAUCACCUUGUUCAUCCAGCAGCUCCUCAGAGAGAGGGAGGUGGGUAUCCCCCCGGAACAGUCCAUGGAGACAGCCAAGGCAGUCAAGGUGAGGAGGAGAAUAGUAGUGAAGCUACUUUUGUACAACACCUAGUGACCUCUUUAAGAGGUUUUGAUUGGUGUAAUGGUUGUUGGACUGACAGCCGCAGGAUCCCGGGUUUGACUCCCGAUCGACACUACCCUACGAAUACGCUACAUUAUGUACAUAAAUGGACAAUGUAAGCUAACACUUGUUUAUUUUUUGUUUGUUGUUUUGUUUUCCUAGGAGAGGUACUGCUACAUCUGUCCGGACAUUGUGAAGGAAUUCGCCAAAUAUGACACGGACCCUGGGAAAUGGAUCAAGCAGUACAAAGGCAUCAAUGCCAUCAGCAAAUCUGAAUUCCACAUAGAUGUUGGAUAUGAACGCUUUCUAGGUCCAGAAAUAUUCUUUCAUCCAGAGGUAUUUAUUGAUAUUCUGAAUAAUGGGUAGCGUUUAUUUUAUGCUACACUAUCUAUAAGAACUAACAUGACAACCGUUAUCAGUCAGUGUCGUUACCCAAUAAGGAUCCAAUUGAGUUAAUUACUCAUUUGGAAUGAGUAUCUUCAAGAAAGCACCAAUUGUUGUCAUGUAAGAUAUCAGUAAAAAAAAAAAAGGUAAAUAAUUGUUAUGCAGAAUAAAGAUGCCAAAUUUAGGAUUAUUCUAAUUUAAAGGCCCAGUGCAGUCAAAAAUGAUUUUCUUGUGUUUUAUAUAUAUUUCCACAUUGAGGUUGGAAUUAUACUGUGAAGUUAUGAUAAUGCCCUUUUAGUGUAAGAGCUGUUUGAAAAGAUUGCCUAACAUUUCAGCCUGUUUUGGUGGGAUGAAGUUUUGGCCUGCCUGGUGACAUCACCAGGCGGUAAAUUAGUUAAUAGACUUAAUAGAGCAAUAAGAAAGAGUUCCAAACCUAUCUGCCAAUAACAGCUAGUUUUCAGUUUUCCCCUCCCAAGGCCACUCCCAGACAGUCCUAGCAAAAUUCUUGCUUGAGAAAUUGCUCUUUGCUAAGAAGAUAUUUGUGUUUAUUUUUGACCAUUUUAAUUAAAAACAAUAACAGUAAGGUGCUUAAUUGUUACCCAGAAAUGAUUUGAUAUUGAGAUGAAAACAGCUGCAUUGGACCUUGCUUUAAACAUUCACUUUUAAUACCCAGUAAAUCUGCUCCUGUGUUUUACAGUUUGCCAACCCAGACUUCACGCAGCCCAUCUCAGAUAUAGUUGACGAGGUUAUAAUGAACUGUCCAAUAGAUGUCAGAAGACCUCUAUAUAAGGUAUGGCUUCAACACCACAUUCUGCAGUGGGUUGUGUGAUGGGGGAAACGCAUAUCUUUCCAGUCUAACAAUUCAUUUAAGAAAGAAUAAGAUUUGCAAGAUUCUUAUAAAUAUGUUAGACUUGCUCUGCAAUACAUUUAGGAGAAUUGGUUAUUUUGAUUCAGAAUAGUUUUUCAUCCUUUGUCCACCAGGUGUCAGUGUACAACUUGUUAUCUUACCGGCAGAUUCAUGUUGGCCUUUUUUGGUUACUACAUGAUUCCAUAUGUGUUAUUUCAUAGUUUUGAUGUCUUCACUAUUAUUCUACAAUGUAGAAAAUAGUAAAAAUAAAGAAAAACCCUUGAAUGAGUAGGUGUGUCCAAACUUUUGACUGGUACUGUAUAUUUAAUCUAAACACAGAAUGAGUGGAAAUUGUCUUGCUCUCAUGUCUAUCCCCAUACCACUUAUCUGCAUAUAAAAUUUACAUUCACAGGGGGGGGGUAGAAGGAUUACAGGGGGGGGAGAAGGAUUACAGGGGGGGGGGGGGGGGAGAAGGAUUACGGGGGGGGGGUAGAAGGAUUACUUUAUACUAUUCCAGGUAUUCCUUAAAAAGGGGCAUUUACGAAAAAACAUUGAAACAAGUCAUUGAACUUGUAAUAGCCCAGUGAACCAAAUCUUGCAAUUUUCUGGGCAAUUGAAUACAUUUAACAAUUCAUUGAGCAUCCUAACUGUACCCACGAGUCACAACACCUGAGGUGGUCUUUAAGCUUAAACCAUCUUCUUCACAAAUUGAAAGGUGGUCAUCUGCAGUAAAACGCUCGCUGCUGGGCUCUCAUCUCCUCCUCUGACACUGGUAAUAAAUUGAUUCAUUUCAGAAAGGCAAAACAUAGAGGGAGAGAGGGAUGAAAAAUAGAUGGAGAACGGUACUUUUUGUAUUGCCCCAGAGGUUAUUCCAGCUCAUCCUAAUCUAAACAAUGGGAUACAUUUCCUCCCAAAGCCUCCAAAGUUUGUUAACAAACGAUUAACCCCCUCGACCUGUAAUGACGGAGAAUCGCUGGUUGAUCCCCUAUUAUCGCUGAACGUCAAUAUUUAAUUAAGGUCAAAUGAGUGUCCGGUUUUCCCUGAGCCUUUUCGAUCUCUCUCUCUCUCUCUCUCUCUCUCUCUCUCUCUCUCUCUCUCUCUCUCUCUCUCUCUCUCUCUCUCUCUCUCUCUCUCUCUCUCUCUCUCGUGUUAGGGUUUGAGACCUGACCAGCAUAGCCUUUACACAUUUGAUAUCAGCAACUUUCAAGGGUUGUUAUUUAAGCAAUAAGGCCAGAGGGGGUGUGGUAUAUGGCCAAUAUACCACGACUAAGGGCUGUUCUUACGCAUGAGGCAAAGCGGAGUGCCUGGAUACAGCCCAUAGCCAUGGUAUAUUGGCCAUAUACCACAAAUCCCCCGAGGUGCCUUAUUGCUAUUAUAAACUGGUUACCAACGUAAUUAGAACAGUAAAAAAUAAUGUUUUGUCAUACCCGUGGUAUACGGUCUGAUAUACCACGGUUGUCAGCCAAUCAACAUUGAGGGCUCGAACCACCCAGUUUAUAAUUUGUGAUAAACCCCUAAUGCUGUGAUGACAUUGAAGCCUAACUAGUCACAGAAAGCAUGCACAAAAAUAUUGAACAUCUGUCGAUGUGCCCUUGAGCUAGGCAUUUAACCCUAAUUGCGUAUAAAUUACAUACUUGUACAUGUGUAAAAAAGGACAAAUAUAAGCGCCCACUAAUUAUGUAUUUUUUCUGUCUCUUGAUUAUUGUGUGUUUAGCCAGAUUGAGUAGUUCCUGGUGAAUGAAGGUGUUGUUAUUGUUUUGAUGGGCUAGAAAACUGACACCCUAUAGUCGUGUUGUGUACUGACACAUUGCAGAAUAUUGUCCUGUCCGGCGGUUCCACCAUGUUCAGAGACUUUGGCCGGCGGCUGCAGAGAGACCUGAAGCGGUCGGUAGACGCCCGGCUCAAAUUGAGUGAGGAGCUCAGUGGAGGAAGGAUAAAGGUAUGUGUGUGUUCAUGCCUUCCUGCCUCCUAUGGUUUGGCAUGACAACAAUCAUAGGAGAUGGCAAUACAGAUCUGGCAUUGUCCAGGCUAUUGUGAUGCAGGGUAGAAACUGGGCUCAGGGGAUGGAUGGUAAUCUGUCUACUUUCCUGUUGUUUUCAGCCCAAGCCCAUGGAGGUCCUGGUGGUCACACACCACAUGCAGCGCUACGCUGUGUGGUUUGGAGGAUCCAUGCUUGCCUCUACGGUAAGUCCCCACACAGUGCCCAUGUACACACUCACACACAAUGAGCAUGCACGUACGUACGAAAGCACGCACCCACGCAUGCACACAGAUGCACACUACAUUUUCUACAUGGUCAUACUCAUAUAAUUUAUUUGGGGGGUAAAUGGGAAGGUUAACAAGUUCUAUUAUUAUUAUUAUUAUUGUUAUCAUAUUCACUAUCACAAAUGUCUACUGUAGUAAUGUGUGUAUAUAAUCAAUAUAUAUACAGUGGGGAAAAAAGUAUUUAGUCAGCCACCAAUUGUGCAAGUUCUCCCACUUAAAAAGAUGAGAGAGGCCUGUAAUUUUCAUCAUAGGUACACGUCAACUAUGACAGACAAAUUGAGAAUUUUUUUUCCAGAAAAUCACAUUGUAGGAUUUUCAAUGAAUUUAUUUGCAAAUUAUGGUGGAAAAUAAGUAUUUGGUCACCUACAAACAAGCAAGAUUUCUGGCUCUCACAGACCUGUAACUUCUUCUUUAAGAGGCUCCUCUUUCCUCCACUCGUUACCUGUAUUUAUGGCACCUGUUUGAACUUGUUAUCAGUAUAAAAGACACCUGUCCACAACCUCAAACAGUCACACUCCAAACUCCACUAUGGCCAAGACCAAAGAGCUGUCAAAGGACACCAGAAACAAAAUUGUAGACCUGCACCAGGCUGGGAAGACUGCAUCUGCAAUAGGUAAGCAGCUUGGUUUGAAGAAAUCAACUGUGGGAGCAAUUAUUAGGAAAUGGAAGACAUACAAGACCACUGAUAAUCUCCCUCGAUCUGGGGCUCCACGCAAGAUCUCACCCCGUGGGGUCAAAAUGAUCACAAGAACGGUGAGCAAAAAUCCCAGAACCACACGGGGGGACCUAGUGAAUGACCUGCAGAGAGCUGGGACCAAAGUAACAAAGUCUACCAUCAGUAACACACUACGCCGCCAGGGACUCAAAUCCUGCAGUGCCAGACGUGUCCCCCUGCUUAAGCCAGUACAUGUCCAGGCCCGUCUGAAGUUUGCUAGAGUGCAUUUGGAUGAUCCAGAAGAGGAUUGGGAGAAUGUCAUAUGGUCAGAUGAAACCAAAAUAUAACUUUUUGGUAAAAACUCAACUCGUUGUGUUUGGAGGACAAAGAAUGUUGAGUUGCAUCCAAAGAACACCAUACCUACUGUGAAGCAUGGGGGUGGAAACAUCAUGCUUUGGGGCUGUUUUUCUGCCAAGGGACCAGGACGACUGAUCCGUGUAAAGGAAAGAAUGAAUGGGGCCAUGUAUCGUGAGAUUUUGAGUGAAAACCUCCUUCCAUCAGCAAGGGCAUUGAAGAUGAAACGUGGCUGGGUCUUUCAGCAUGACAAUGAUCCCAAACACACCGCCCGGGCAACGAAGGAGUGGCUUCGUAAGAAGCAUUUCAAGGUCCUGGAGUGGCCUAGCCAGUCUCCAGAUCUCAACCCCAUAGAAAAUCUUUGGAGGGAGUUGAAAGUCUGUGUUGCCCAGCGACAGCCCCAAAACAUCACUGCUCUAGAGGAGAUCUGCAUGGAGGAAUGGGCCAAAAUACCAGCAACAGUGUGUGAAAACCUUGUGAAGACUUACAGAAAACGUUUGACCUGUGUCAUUGCCAACAAAGGGUAUAUAACAAAGUAUUGAGAAACUUUUGUUAUUGACCAAAUACUUAUUUUCCACCAUCAUAUGGCAAUAAAUUCAUAAAAAAUCCUACAAUUUGAUUUUCUGGAUUUUUUUUUCUCAUUUUGUCUGUCAUAGUUGACGUGUACCUAUGAUGAAAAUUACAGGCCUCUCUCAUCUUUUUAAGUGGGAGAACAUGAACAAUUGGGGGCUGACUAAAUACUUUUUUCCCCCACUGUACAGGACUCAGCCUACAGAUGUAGGAUCUUCAUUUGAUUACUCUUUUGUUGAUGAGAAUUUUCCUGCACAACAGGAAAUGCAAACUUGUAGUGUAUACGAGGUUUAAAAAGGCUUAUAAAGUUUGUUAUUUCCACUUUAAAAUGUCAGACUUUGCCCAAACGAAAAAUGUAUCAACCCCUACAAAAAACGUCCACAUGAUGAUUCACAUUUCAUGUUGCUGCAGGAUUAUUUUCCUGCUGUAGCAAACUGGCUCAAAUUAAGUUCCUACAUCUGUAAUAAUGCUGUGUCUGGUGUUAUCCAACCUUUUUGAUCUGCCUUGAGUACUGAGAUGAAUCCCCUGUUGCUCCUUGCUUUUGUAUUCUGUUUUUUUCCUUCACAGCCUGAGUUUCUCCAAGUUUGUCACUCAAAAAAGGACUACGAUGAGUUUGGCCCCAGCAUCUGCCGCCAUAACCCAGUCUUUGGUACCAUGUCCUAAGGCUAGAACCCACACCUACAGAACCUGCUGUUGACCCCGGCCUGGGUUCAGUCCAUGCAUCGUGAUUGUUGUCCUUACUUUACUAACAUAGCACUUUAACCUACCACACAAGAACCCCUUAGACGUUGAUGCGCAAUUGAAUUUGUCAACUACAGUAUAUUGUACAAUCAGUAUAGGCUACUUAGAAUGAACGUGAAUGAUACAAGUAAUUUAAUUAGACUCAGACCUCUUAUAGCACACAUACAGUGAAUGUUCAAUAUUCUCAUUGAAGCAACAUUGCAGACUAUUUAAUAAAAUUAAACAAGAAACGAAUCUAAACUGGAACACUUUGGUUGAAGCGAUAAACUUAAGACGGUUUUCUUGCAUCUACUUUCUUUAUUUCGCUGUACGCUCUUAAGAUUAACUUUAGAUCCUAUCCCAGGCUGCAUGAAUCAUGUGGGAAGGUAACCAAUGCUACUUCUGGAGUAGCUCAAGUUACGUUUGUCCAACAUCCAUAGAAUGUCAUGCUUUGAAAUUGUAUAUAGAAUAUAUAGAUAAAGAUACUAUAUAUUAUAAUAUAACAUAUUUAAAAUGUGUUUAUAUUUGUAUUAAAGAUAGUUUAUCAGAACAGGUAUGAACAGAUGUAGAUCGUACGCUGUACUUCAUUGACGUGAAAUAGUGUAAAGUGAAAGAAGAGAUAUUUAGUUUUAUUAGGUCCAAAAGUAUUUAUUUAAUUGUUUUUGUCAGCCACAAAUUAUCUAAGGUAUAUAAUAAUAUUGAAGUAUUUAUUUAUACAUUUCUGUGUAUCUGGAAGUUAUUUCCAUAGGGAACUGUGGUCACAAAAAAUAAAACUGCUGUAUGUGGCUAAUGUGAAUAAAGGUACUUGGCACCUUCAUGGCUUGUUGUU